CCGGUAUUUUUGACAAGACGCUGACGCUUCUGAAAGUAGUGUAAUUGUUACAAAAUAAAUCAUAUAGCAGAAAUAAGAAUUAAAAGACCUUCUACAAUAAUAUAUUAUUGUUAGAGAAGAGUAAUAUGCCGUAAAAAUGAAACUUAAAAAGUUAAAAGUUGACAAUGAGGCUCCUGUACAACCGGAACCUGUAGUGCCGCCCCAAGCAGAAAUAAUAGAGGCGGACUUAUACAAGAGAUCAUACUUCGGUCCCGAUGUUCCCACACUGGAACUAGAAUGUUGGGAAGAGGAAUUGUCGGAAGCACAACUUCAGGCUUAUAAGAAUGCCGACGAAGAAUAUAAGAGUAUUCAGAACAAACUUGACGACAUAGUUAAGAGUACAGGAGGUGAAAUAGUAUACAAUGGUGAUCAAUUCACAGCUUAUCAACUUCUAGGAAAACAACCUGUACUGAAGGACUUGGAAAGACAAAGUGCUGAAAUAAUUAGAUCCCGAUCUCGUUCCCUUUCUAUUAGCAGGGAAACUCUGCCAAAGGGUGGGAAAAGAGGACGCCCCCGUAAAUACAGAGAAGAAGAUCGUGAUUAUUCACCAUCAUCUGACAGAGCUAAAUCCCCUGAACUUAAACAUAAGAAGAAAAAGAAGGACAAAGACAGGAAUAAGGACAGAGAAAAAGACAAGGAUAGCACUAAAACUAAGGACAAGACUCUUGCACCUUCCAAUGUUCAUAGUGUGGUUACAAAUGUUAGACCAUCGGAAGCAACAGCCAUAGGUGGCUUACUAACUGGCAGUGCUACAAAAACAACCGCUAUUGUAGAUCUCACUAAAGAAGAUAGCACUAAGAAUGUUGCUGAUUCAAGAGAGGUGUCAUUUAAUAAACUACAAGGUAAAACAUUCCCAUCACUGGUGGUGGUUGCACGACCAUAUCUGCGUGCUAAGGAAGUACCAGCACCAGCUGAUAGGGCCCUGCUGGAUAGUAAGGUGAAGUCAGUGCUCAUCCACACACCUAUGAAGUUCACCGAGUGGCUCAUACAGCAGGGCUUGGUACGCUGUGAGCAGUGGUGUGCCAUACAUCCAGGCAAUAAGCUUAAACUUGGGAUGUACUCGGAUGUAACUAAAUUUCCUUAUUCCGGUGGCUAUGUAUGGAUAUCUGAAUGUUGUCCAACAAGAUUUGUCUCUGUAUUUUCAAGCUCUAUCUUCGAAGGAGCCACAUUCCCACCUAGUGUACUACUUAAACUGAUUUACCAUUGGGCUUGUCAGACUAAUGUACAAAAUGUAGUACAAUGGGUAAAAGUGGAUAAUUUGUAUGUAAAAGGAUUGUUCACAUGGCUACGAUCUGUUUGUACAUUGGCUGUACAUCAACAUAUGGGAUUAUUGGGUGGUGCUGGAAAGAAAGUUGAAGUGGGUGUCAUAUCACUGGGAACAACAAGCCAUGAUGGCACACAGAGGCAGGUCAAAGUUGAAGUGUUGGGUGUAUUGGAUCCAGUCGAUAAAUUGAUUCGUCUCCGCGCAGUAGAGCCUUUAGCGGAAUACGAAAAGAACUAUAAGAAACGUUUCCAGAAGAUUCUAGAACCAUUAAGUAAUUGGGUGCAUCCAUCUUCAGUUAUACUAACAGACCUGACUGUGGACAAAGGAACUUUAGUUUCGAUGGGCUUCAAACAUGUUGUACAAUCAUCCACACAUUCGGACCAACCAAUGAGAAACAGCAAUGCCAAUAUAAUGGAAUACUUAAGACGUAUUGUACCAAGAAUGUUCCAGAAUACAUUGUCACUGUUAUCCAGACAAAUUAUACAACAAUUCUUGGAUGAAUUGGUCUGGAGAGAGAGGUUCGGUGUAUCACCGGGGCAAGCAUUCGACAACAUAGUCUUACACAUAUCGGAACAAACUAAAUUCGAGGCGAAGGAGCCUAUCACGGUGCGGCUCAACAGGAUCGCAGCUAAUCCGUUUAAAAACUGGAAGUUCCCCGGAAAGAAAAAAGACAGAGAUCCAGAUCCCGAGCCGGAGACGGCACGAGGAAAACGCGGGAGGAAAAAGAAGGAGCUGUCACCACUACCUCCUCCUUCGAAAAAGAAGAAGAAAGAAAAAACCACUUAUAUAGAGGAUGAUGAUGAUGAAGAGGUUCCUUUAGCCCUGCGGCGUACAAAGAUCAAACAAGAAAAAAGUAAAGACAAAGAUAAGGACGGUGAGUCGGCAGAGAAACCACGUUCACGUCGCAAAACUGCCCGCUCAUAUGUGGAUGAUGAACUGGACGAUGUACCACUGAAAAGUAUUAAGAAGGAGAUCAAACAGGAAGAGACAGUGUCCCUGGAACGAUAUUACUUUGGACAAACUGGAGGCAAUGAAGAUAUUCCAGAAGUUUCUAUCGCUGUAGAGUGUCCCGAGUGUCACGUGGAGUUUAACGACGCGCUGUCCCUGACGCGUCACAUCUUCGAGCACGUGUCCGCGGGUGCGGGCGCGCUCUGCCCGUACUGCCUCGCGCGCUUCCCUGAUCACGCGGACCUCGCCGUGCACCUCAAACACAACCACCCUGUUGACACCAAGUCACCUGAGUUAUUCACAUAUGCCUGUCUCAUCUGUGAGGUGCGUUUCGCGGCGGUGCUCACACUAGCGGCGCACAUGCAGAAGGCGCACGCGCCGCACGAGCUGCCGUACGCGUGCGCGGCGUGCGACUACCGCGCCAGUGCACACCGCGCCGCACUCGACCACUUCGCCGCACGACACGCACACCACGCGCGUCUGCACUGCCCGCACUGUCUCAAGAUGAUCACAGUGUACGCGGACGGUCACGAGCUGUCAGCCAACGUGCUGCUGUACAUCGAUCACCUCAAGCUGCACCAGAACAAAGACCUCGAGAUCAGCUGCAACAGAUGUGUGCUCAAGUUUGUGCAUCUUGGAAAAGCUAUUCAUCCGGACCGCACCUGA